GGGUAUGGGUACAAACCCAUCAAACUCUACCCAUAUCCAUUUAUUUGGAUUUCAUACCCAACCCAAUUGGGUUGGAUAGUAAGAAACCCAUGGGUAUGGGCAAAGUUGCCAUCCCUAGAUGGGGGAAGUGAACUUGACCAGGUUCAUGGGAAAACCCUAACUUUACCUGCAUGAUUUUGCUUCAAUUGACAUGAACCUUGAAAUCGUACAAAAUCCUAAAAAUAAUAGAUUUUAAGGAUUUUACAGUUUUAAAUCAGGAUUUUAUGGGGGUUUAAGGUUCAAAGAUUUUAUAGUAAAAUCAGGAUCAAAACUCAUUGAAAAGAUUGUAAAAUCGGGAUUUUGACUAGAUUGAUUGUAAUGAGUACCACCAUGCAAAUGCAGGCCUAGCUUCAACAUGUGGCCUGAUUAGAGACCACCGCGGAUGUUGUCUUGCUACAUUUGUAAUGAACAUGGGUAGUUAUUCCAUUACCCGGGCAGAGUUUAGAGGAGCUAUUGAAUGCCUCCAGUUGAGAGCGGAUCCCAUGACUAGGGAGGGGGGGAGAGGGGUCCUUAGUCACUUGACUAAGCCCCUCUUAGCAUUAGAUCUGGACACUUCAAUCCAACGGUUAAAAACUGGGAAGGGAUUUCUAAUUAGUGGGAGGGGUAAUUUGGUUAUUAUGAAAAAUUACAAAGUAUGCAAACCGUACUUAUAAACAUUACAAACUAGAAAAACAAAACAUACAAACAGAUUUACAAACAUUACAAACAUAUGAACUGUACAGACAAUACAAACUACACCAACAAACAAUACAAACCAUACAAAAAGAAAAAACAACCAGGUUGACUUUGGAGGCUCCAUCCCAAAAUAGAGGGGCUCCCUCCCAAAGUCAACCCGGUUGUUUUUAGACAUACAAUCAUUACGAACAUGGUGAACAAAAAUGACAAACUAGACCGACAAAACAUACAAACAGGAAAAACACCCUGGUUGACUUUGGAGGCUUCAUCCCUAUAUAGGGGAGUUUCAUUCAAAAGUCAACCAGGUUAUUUUUUAGACAUAAAAAACAUUACAAACAUGGUUGACAAAAAUGAUAAAAAUGGUGAACAAAAAUAACAAAGCUUACAAACAUUACAAAAGAAACCGACAAAUAUUACAAAAUAACAAAGCUUACAAACAUUACAAAAUAAACUGACAAACAGUACGAAACAUACUAAUCGUACAAAAUAUCACUAAAAAUGACAAACAUUACAAACCGAAUCGAUACAAACAUUACAAAAUAGGUCAACAAACAUCACAAAUCCAACACUAUCGCCAGAAAAUCCUCUCUGCCGUCGUUGGUCACCGGAAAGUUUCAUCCAGCCAACAAAAAAUCUCUCUGGCCGUAGCUGUUGGAGGGCACAGAAGCUUGUUGGGGACACAAAUCCCACCGGCAGAAGAAUUCUCUUGGAAAAGGAAUGGUGGCGCGGGUUGGGGACACAAAAAUCCUGCCACCGGGAGAAUUCCUCAGAAAAAGAAACGGUCGCGCGGACGGGGGAGAAGAGAGCUAUGUUUUUUUAAAUUGUUAAAUAAAUUAAUUAUGUAAUUAUCACCUUGCCCUUCAUUAAACUAGAUAGAUCUGAAACAUUAAAUUUUAAUGAGGUUUAAUAACUGAGAUUGAUUUAGUCAUGUGACUAAAGAACCCUUUAGUCACCUAAUAUUAGCCCGCCUCCAGUUGGCAUGGUAUAUAUGUUGGGCAUUGACUUGGUAGAGUCCAAAUUGACUCACAUUGUGCAGUUCAGUUGCUCCAGAUCACUAAUAGGAGCGAUCAUCAACAUGCAUGAAUUAUCCAGACAUUCUGAGAACAAGUAUUCAUGCCAUCUUGCUCAUUGGCGGAGGCUUGUCUUUGGUCCUUCUCCCGCGAUAGGGAUAAAUUUCAGAGAAACAAAAAUACGCCAUAUAUAUUUAUAUUGGUGAGGGAAUACAACACUAAUAGGUAGUAUUAGAGUAUUUUGUCACUACAACACAACUCAUUAUUUGUUCUAAGAUAUAAAAUUAAUUUAUUAUACUAUAAACAAAAUUCAAAUUGCAAUAAAGAGCUAAUCAGAUCUCUUUUUCUCUUUAUGCGUAUUCGAUCUUUUCCCCUACAACCCUGAAAUUGUCUAGCGACAACGACAAUUCCACUAGUUUUGAUUCUACCAAUUACAACUACAAGUGUAAAAAGAGCAUUUUCAGCUUUGAGCUACAUUAAGAACAAGUUUCCAAGUCGAUUUGGCGACUAGUUUGCUAAUGCUUGUUUAGUGAGAUAUAUUGAAAGAGAGUUAUUUAAUAGUGUAGAGUGUAGACAAAGAAUAUUUUUGUGUUUUCUUUCACAAUAUGAAAUCCCUUCGUGGUUGUUUCUGAAAACUAUGAUUGUAUAGUCGGUUAUUUUUAAUCUAUGAAUGAAUUAUUUGGAUAUAAUUAACUUUAAUUUUUUUAUUAAAUAAUUAUCAAUUAGAUACUUAUAUAUUUAAGUUAUGAAAAGAGGACAGGGGUGGUUAAAAUUGUUGCCUCCGCCACUGAUCUUGCUUGUCGAUGGCAUUCAUUACCUUGUUGGUUUACAUACUAUUUUCGCGGUAGAUAUUGUGAUUAGCUAAAUUUGACUACCAGAAACAAAUCGUUUCCUGCUUAAUCGGUUAUUGAUGUAACUAUUAACCACUAUUUACAAUUUGAUUAUCUGUUACACCACUAAUAGAAGAACCGUUUAUCAGUCCUAGUUUUACUAGGUAGACUUAUAAUCAUCUUCCAUGGGAAAAGGCCACGAACCCAUAUAUAUCACCGGUAUUUAUUGGCCAUCAAUGUCGUUCUCCCCCAAACAAACACAAAAAAAAAAAAAAAAAAAGAGUAAACUGUUGCAUAAAUCACGGCAUCACUAAUAAGCAACCAAACAAAAUUCCCACCAAUUCCAAGUUCAAAGCAAAUGAAAACCCAAAGAAAAGUUAAAGAAAAAAAGAGACCCAUGAAAAUGAAAUCGAAAGGCCAAAACAAAAAACCAGUUCCUCCUUCUCCUGUGAAUCUCACAUGCUCGUCUUUAUCUCCAUGCCCGCAAACAUAACAACCUCAGUAAAUGAGAAUUAAGUCAGCCAAUUUUCUCCUUCCCAAAUUCAAUUCAUUUCAUUUCUGGAAAAAAAUUGAAAUUAAUUCAAAAUAAAAUGAAUAAUCAAAUCAAUUUCAAAUAAAAAGAGCUCAAAUCAACACUGCACAUACUCCACACCGCUCUGCCCUUUCUUCUGCUUCCUUUUCUCCCCUGUUUCUUCUUCUCUCCCCUCUUCCACAGCUAAGAAGGCGGGAGAAAAAGAACCAAAACCCGCCAUGGAAAACCGCAUAGCUCUAUUCUUCUUCACUCUCCUCACAUUUUUCACCCCCAAGUCUCUGGCUAUCGACUACGCCGACGCAUUGACGAAGAGCCUCCUGUACUUCGAGUCCCAGCGCUCCGGCCGCUUGCCGUACAACCAGAGAAUCUCCUGGCGCGACCAUUCCGGCCUCACCGACGGCUUGGAGCAGGGCGUGGAUUUGGUCGGAGGGUAUUACGACGCCGGCGACCACGUGAAGUUCGGCCUCCCGAUGGCCUUCACCGUCACAAUGCUGUCGUGGGGUGUUCUCGAGUCCCGGCAACAGAUUGCCGCCGCCAGCGAAUUGGAGCACGCGCUGGAAGCUAUCAAAUGGGGGACUGAUUAUUUCAUCAAGGCUCACACUAGUCCGAAUGUUCUCUGGGCAGAGGUGGGCGACGGGGACACCGACCAUUACUGCUGGCAGAGGCCGGAGGACAUGACGACGUCACGGCGAGCUUAUCGGAUCGACGAGAACAAUCCCGGGUCGGAUCUCGCCGGAGAAACAGCAGCGGCGAUGGCCGCCGCGUCGAUGGUGUUCAAAUCCACCAACCGACAUUACUCACACUUGCUCUUGCACCAUGCUCAGCAGUUGUUCGAGUUUGGGGACAAGUACAGAGGCAAAUACGAUUCGAGUUUGGGAGUAGUGAAGGGUUACUACACUUCAGUGAGUGGGUUCAUGGACGAGCUACUGUGGGGUGCUAUGUGGCUGUACAGAGCCACCGACAAUGAGAAGUAUUUGAAGUAUGUGAUUGAGAAUGCUCAUGGCUUUGGAGGGAUUGGUUGGGCCAUAACAGAGUUCAGUUGGGAUGUUAAAUAUGCUGGAAUUCAAAUCAUGGCUUCAAAGUUGCUUGGAGAAGCAAAGCACAAACAACACAGCCAAACACUCUUACAAUACAGAUCAAAGGCAGAGUUCUACCUAUGUUCAAUCCUCAACAAGCACAACAGCAACAACACCAGCGUAGUCCACACCCCAGGCGGUCUCAUAUACAUAAGAGAAUGGAACAACAUGCAGCAUGUCUCUACAGCUGCAUUCCUCCUGACAUUCUACUCCGAUUUCCUCCGAGAAUCAAAUCAAAACCUCAAUUGUCGUGAAGGGACAGUAAGGCACGAAGAGCUCCUUCGAUUCGCCAAGUCCCAAGUCGACUACAUCCUGGGUUCGAACCCUAUGAACAUGAGCUACAUGGUGGGUUAUGGUUCUAAUUACCCACAAAGGGUUCACCAUAGGGGCGCCUCGAUCGUCUCUUACAGAGAGAACAAAGGGUUCAUUGGGUGCACACAAGGGUAUGAUAAUUGGUAUGGCAGGCAAGAUCCAAACCCUAACUUGCUGGUUGGGGCACUGGUUGGAGGGCCUGAUUUUGAGGACAAGUUUGUUGAUAGUAGAGAGAAUUUCAUGCAGACUGAGGCCUGCACUUAUAAUACAGCUCCAUUGGUUGGAGUUUUUGCAAAGUUGUUGGCUUUGGAAGAGCAAUCACAGAGCCAUGAUGGUGAUGAUCAACAGUUGGUUGCUUCCUAUUAAGGGAGAAACUUGAAACUGGCUGAUUUUCUAUUGAAUAGCGUUUUGUUUCUUUUUUACUUUGUGGGAAGGUGUGAUUUUUCAGUUUGCAUCCCAAUCACAGGACAAAAGGCUUGGUCCUGUUUACUUUUGUUGUUUUAGUUUUCUUGGUUUCUGUUUGUGUAUAGAUUUCUAUAUAGAGGAAGAACACUGCUGUGUGAACAGCAAAAGCAAGUGGGAAACAAGAGAAGAAGGGAAGAUUGAUCAGCUCAACAACGUUGUACAUCGUUCUUUCCUUUUGAGAGUAAUACAGCAAAGGUUGUUUAUCCAGCACAAGAGAUGGGGGGGGGGGGGGGGGGGGGGGGGGGGAGAUUGUAACUGGAACUGUUUGGAUCGUUUCCUUUCUUAAUAUCUUGCUAAGAGUAAGGUUCCUUCAAUCAAUUAUAGUAUUGCCUACACAAAAAUAUAUUUCUCUUGGAGUUCUAGGUUACCGUGUUUAUGCACUGGGAAUGAUUAUUAUGAACCAAGGAGGGAGGGUCGUAUUGGCUAAAGUAGAGGUGGAGGUUCGGUUUUCGGUUUACAGAACGGUUAAACUGAUAACCGGCCGGCUAUCCACUAACCGGUAACCGAUAUAACCGAAAUUUGAUCGGCUAUUGGAGGCUGGACGAGAUGAUUUUGGUCCUGGGGGAGGUGCGGAUAACCGAAGUCUAUUUCGGUCGGUUGUCGGUUGGGGGCCCGUCCUUUCGGUUAAUCGAUAAACGACUGUGCGGUUACCGGUUAUAAUCGAAAUAACUGAAAAAUCCACCCCUAGGCUAAAGGGGCGUUGGUUGCUGAUAUUGAUGAUCCUAUGGUUGUCGAACUGAUAGUUUUUCGGAAGGUUAUUUUCUGGUGUCUGGAGAACAGGUUUACGGAGACGAGGUUCGAAGGAGAUAACAAAGUGAUCAUUGAUAAAAUUAAUCAGGCCGAUACCCGAUAUAACCGGAUAGGGUCCAUCUUCGAGGAGGUCGUGCGUUAUUUCGCGAUUCAUAUUGGGCUUAAUGUGCAAUUUGUAGGUCGGAGUAGUAGUAGGGUAGUCCAUUUGAUGGCUAGAAAGACCUUUCAUUGUACCCAACUACGUGUAAUUUUUUUAUUUGCUGGUCUGGUUAAAUUCCAGGAUGUAGUGAUUUAUUUUCAAAUCAAUAUAUACUAGUUUUUUAC